GACUCUACAUCCAAAAGAAAUUUAAUUAUUAAGUUUAUUAAUAUUUAUACAUCCAAAAGAAAUUAAAAUAUUGAAGCUUAGUUUAAUUUAUAUCUAGGAACAGAAAAUGUAGUUAAUUACGAUUGCGGAUGCUUCACAUGAGCCAUAUUUAAUUAGUAGUACAACUUGCAGACUCAUAAGGGUCACAUUUAGUAGCAUAUCAAAUGGGAAAUUUUCGCUAAUACGAUCAAGUCCUUGUAUUUUAGCAAUAAUGCCCCCAAACGUGAGAACAACUACCAGGACCAACUAAUGGACACAAAGUGAUCAACGGUCCCUUACCAUUUAUAGUUCCAGAGAAAGAGAAGGAAAAACACAUUUGAAAUCUAUCAACGUAAACAACUGCAAUGGACAACAUCGUUGGCAACAGAUGGGUGGCAACAGUGGCAAGUAUAUGGAUACAAGCAACCAUGGGCGGUUCCUACGCCUUCGGUGUGUACUCCCCUGUUCUCAAAUCCUCUCAAUCCUACGAUCAGUCUACCCUCGACACAGUGUCUGUCUUCAAAGACAUUGGUGCUAAUGCCGGUAUUCUCUCUGGCCUCUUGUAUGCUGCCACUGCUGCCUCCUCAGGGUCACGUCGCUGGCGCUGCUUUCAUGGCCCUUGGGUAGUUCUUGCGACAGGGGCCAUCCAGUGCUUCUUGGGUUACUUCUUCAUGUGGCUUGCUGUUGUUGGGAUCAUCCCUAGGCCACCAGUUCCCCUCAUGUGUCUCUUCAUGUUCCUAGCUGCCCAUGCUCAAACAUUCUUCAGUACAGCCAAUGUUGUCACAGGUGUGCUGAAUUUUCCAGAUUAUAGCGGUACUAUAGUGGGGAUCUUGAAGGGAUCUCUUGGACUUACUGGAGCAAUCAUAAUCCAAGUUUAUCAAGCAUUUUUCAAGGGCAAUCAGAGCACAUUCAUUUUGAUACUGGCUCUGUUGCCAAGUACAGUCACUUUCUCAGUGAUGUGUUUGGUAAGAAUCUGCCCAGCAAACACAUCUGAUGACAAAAAGCACCUGAAUCAGUUCUCCAUAUUUGUCCUGGUUCUGGCUGCCUUUCUUAUGAUUAUUAUCAUAUUGGAGAACAUUGUUGAAUUCCCACGGUGGGCACACAUUGUUACAUGUGCAGUAAUUUUUAUCUUGCUUUCUUUGCCUCUUAAAAUUGCUAUAGAAGUUACUAGCAAGGAAAAGUCUUACCACAUGCUUGUGGGAGAGGAAUCAUUAGCCAAUAGUGUUCAUGCAAAUGAGCCUGCGAAGUUUGAGGGUGAAAUAAAUGAGGAAUAUAAUGAAUUACCUAGUACUUCAGAUGAGAUUCAACCAGCUAAAGAAAGCAUGGAUAUUUUAGAGGCCACACAGAGCUUGAACUUUUGGUUGCUGUUCGUUUCCAUGUCAUGUGGAAUGGGUUCAGGACUUGCUACUGUAAACAAUAUGAGCCAGAUAGGACAAUCUCUUGGCUAUAGUACGGUGAAGCUCAACACAUUGGUUUCGUUGUGGUCUAUAUGGAAUUUCCUUGGCCGUUUUGGAGCAGGGUACAUAUCUGAUAUAUUAUUGCGCCAAAAAGGCUGGGCAAGACCGUUGAUGAUUGCUAUCACUCUAGCGACCAUGACAGCAGGACAUCUCAUUAUUUCUUUGGGCUUCUCUGGAAAUUUGUAUAUGGGUACUAUCUUGGUGGGGAUUUGUUAUGGUGCUCAGUGGAGUCUGAUGCCCACUAUCACUGCAGAGAUAUUUGGCGUUCGUCAUAUGGGUACCAUUUUCAAUACUAUUGGUGUAGCAAGUCCUAUCGGAACUUACAUACUCUCAGUUUGGGUGAUUGGCCGUAUUUAUGACAAAGAAGCAGCAGAAGACAAUUCUUGCUAUGGGGUGCAUUGUUUCAUGGUAUCCUUCUUUAUCUUGGCAUCUGUAAGCUUUUUAGGAUUCCUUGUUUCCCUGACGUUGUUCUUCCGAACAAGGGAAUUUUACAAGUCCGUUGUCUUAAGAAGAUUACGUACUCUUUGAGAAAGAAGAGGUUGGAUAAACCAGUAUCCUAAUUUUCCCCCUCAAGAAAGGAGUUUCAGUAAGGUUCUUGUUUGUAGUUUGUACCCUGUGUUAUUGAGUCAAAGUUCUUCUAUGAGAUGUCAAACAUAGAGGCACGGUAAAGGGAGGACUAACAAGUUUAAGCUCGUGAUUUCUACUGAUAGAGGCCUUGGUCUCUUGUAAAGAAAAGUUUAUUGUCCUCCAUUGAUGAUUCAACCUACCUAAUACAGGGUGCUCCCUUGAUAAUAACAGUUUCAUGCGACAAUCGUUUUGUUCCUCAGGCAGCAAAAAUGUGUAAAUGUGAAGCUUUUGCAGGUAGGAGCAGAUGGGAUAAUUAUGGAUGGCAUAUCCAAGAUGAUGUCAACUUUACAAAAACUUGCAAAAGAAGGAAUGACACCAAAAACAACAAACUAAAAAUUGGUAUCCACUUAUAUUGCUUGAAACCGUAGAGCAUGAUGCCACAAACUCAAAAACAUGAUUCUCCACUAAUUCAUCCCUGGCAAAACAAAAGCAACCCUUUCGAGUGGUGUAGGGGACUGAGAGAAUUCCAGUUUAGCACAGUCAUAGAAAGCUAACUUCAUAUGCUUAACACCAUUUACCUCGAAUCCUCAAAGUAUUAGGCGCUUCCUCCACAAGACCACAAUAUGGUCCUUCCAUA